AAAACAAAAAAAACACACACAUACACACGAAGAAGAGAGCAAACUCUCCUUCUCUUUCUUCCUCCACCAAUGGCAGCCUAUAGAAGCUUUCAUCAAAUAUUCGAGCACCCAAUACAAAACAAGACUCCAAAGUCUUUUCUUGAUACACUCUCCUCUUCUUCACCUUGGAACCCAAUCCCCAUCAAAGGGUACCACGUCAUUGACCACGACGAAACGCCACCGUUUACAGAGAUAUUCGGUGAGCUCCACUUCAAGGAAUCAUCCUCAACCGAGAACAGCAGUCUGCAUCUGUGUACCGAAGGUCUAGGGUCGGAGAGUUAUUACGACUUGGAAGAUGGAAAAGUCAACUGUAACGUUAACGGAAAAAAUGACAUUGAAGUAAAGGGUAAAGAAGAAAACGGAAGCAAAGAUGAGGAGUGUGGACCACAGGAAAAGGAACGGAAAGAGUAUCCUCCGGCGAUGACGAGGAUGAGCUUUAAGACGUAUAGAGAAGGAGGGAGGCUAGUGUUGGAAGAAGUUAGGAUUCCGAGGAGAGAGUUUCUUCGAGCCAGCCGUGAAGACGGUAGACUCCAAUUGAAGCUGGCUCAAUCCGAUGAGGAUGAAGAUGAGAAGAAAGAUAAACCGGUCUGAUUUGUAUCCUUAACUCCCUAUUACACAAGAUCAGUGACAGUAAUAACUAAUAAACGUACAAAUGUUAAAACCCUUUGUUGUGCGAGUUUUGUACUUAACUUAAGCUUUUAUCGCUUAACUAUGCCGUUCUAUAAUGUUACCAGUGCCAAGGUCGAAUAUUCCUUUUUAAAGAUUA